ACAGUAACUUUCUGAAACGAGUCUAAGUUUAGCAUAGCUGAAAGUGACAGCGACAUAUCAGAAGUUAGUGACUGUGGUGAUGAUUGUGUCCGAGCAUUGAUCAGCUGAAGAGGCGAGGAUCAGUCACCAUGCAAACCACGCAGCCAGUGAGUCUCCAGACGCAGAGGAUCCAGGGUCUCUACCUACUGGACAGCCACGACAGUUCUGGGAUCCCUCACAGUGCCGGCAGUUCGGCCAGUAACUCUCCCGACCAUUAUGAGCGAUUCUCUCCGCCAACGCAUCUGAUGGACCUCAGCAGUCCUCCGGAACACAGGGACCUGCCAGGAUACCAGACUCAUCAUCACCAUCAUCAUCAUCAGAUGAUAUACCAGCAACCCACCUACCUGAUGUACGAGAACCCGGAGGACGAGAAGAGGUAUCCGGAGCAUCCCAACGGGAAAGUCUUAAGGGACCUCCAGACGGACUACGACAGGCGUAUCCACGACAAUUCCCCAGGUUUCCUGUCCGAUCACAGUCGGGACCACGAGCAGAACCUUUAUCUGACUCCGUCUCCGCAGAUGUAUUCUUCCGGUGGCGAGGAAAUCGUGUCCAGACAGUCGCAACAAGGCUACCACCACGUGGACUCUGUCGAGUACAAGCCUGACGUGUUGGAAUAUAAACCGGACGUCGAUCAACAGAGGUAUAAGCAACUCGAGAUGAGUCAGAUCAGCGAACCUUCGUCCUCGACCAAAAGUUACGCGGUCGAGGGAUCCAGGAACGGAGGCAAGAGGAAAAGGAAGACCAGCAGCAUCGAGAACGAGUCCGAGACGGACAGCAAUGCCUCCUCGACGAAGAGCAAGGUGAGGAGAAAGAGCGGCGCUACCUUUGAGGAGAUUCAGAACCAAAGGGUGAUGGCCAACGUCAGGGAGAGACAGAGGACGCAGAGCUUGAACGAGGCGUUCGCUGCUUUGAGGAAAAUCAUACCGACGUUGCCCAGUGACAAGUUGAGCAAGAUUCAGACGUUGAAGUUGGCCACUAGGUACAUCGACUUCCUGUUCCAGGUGUUGCACUGCAACAUGGAGAACACUGACAGCACAGACGACAAUGGUGAAAGAAAUUCAAGAAGUGCAGUCUUGGCAGCCAGAGAAAUAACUUCGUCUUCGUGCAGCUACAUGGCCCACGAAAAACUGUCCUACGCAUUUAGUGUCUGGAGAAUGGAAGACGACUGGAACUCGAACAUAUGAAGAAUACUAUUCUUCUUACCUGAGAAGUAGGUAGAUUUAGUAAGAGGUUACAGUGGGCGAGAAUACAAGCGUCGAUUUCCUAUUUUCGCUGGUUCGAAAAUAUCGAAAUUGCUGUUGCAGUUCAACAGUGAUUACUUGCUAAAAGACAAUUAUUGUAACUUCACAAUGGAGGAGUCACUUGGGAAAUUCAGUGGAGUUUCUUGGUAGUAGUUUUUCCAAGUAAAUUUUGAACUUUACAAACUGAUCUAGAAUACUAGAACUUGGAGAAAUUGUACCAUAUAAGAUUCUCAAAGAUAUGAAAGUCUGAAAACUAUGUUGCAAUUAGUAUGAUACUGAACCAAAGAAUAUUUUAUUAUUGAUGAAUAUUCAAGUAACUUGAUGUUGGUAUUUGAUAUAUUUUGAGAACAGCCUGGACCAAAGAAUAUUAGUACAGAGACUGUCACGCUCCCUUCUUUUCUGUAUUUAAUUUGUUGUCAGAUGAAUCUGGAGUAGACAGUUGUUUCUUUGUUAGUAAUAGUUGACAUUUCUUAUUAAAUUGUUUCUUGUUCCAAAUAUUUUAAGUCAUUAGUCUUUAGAAGAAUCUUCUUAGAUGUGGAUUCAUUUUGGAAGGUUUAAUUUUUAGUAGAGAAAUCUGAAAAUAUAAAUACAAUAUAGAAGCUGUAAAAAAUCAAUAGAAAUUCUUUUUCAAAUGGAAAGACAAAAACAGUAUUUCUUUCAAAAUAUUUCCGUACAAAUAUGUGAAGGAGGACCUCCACGUACAAUGAGGCUGUUGAAUAGACGAUUAUUGCUGGGAUUCCCCAAUGAUUUUCCCUUGCCACUUUACCCCUCGAAGCAGUGACGAAUCCGUUAGGGUAAAUUUAUGGCUUCUAAAGCUUGCAUUUAUCAGGAAAAUCGUCGACCUGGUCGCGUGCUAUACAAAUAACGCUUCUUCGACAGAAAAUUAUCUACUGAAUUCUUGAAAAUUCUAAAGUUAUAAACUUCCACCAAGAUUUCUCCAUAGAAUUGAUUAUAUCUUAAAUUUGAAGUCUGUAAUUGGAGGUUCCGAGGCAGCAUGUUUCUUUCCCAUGAGUAGGGCAGACAGUAGCGUCGUUGCUACAAUUUUACGAGUUUUUUUUGCUUCUUUUACGAGCCAGGAUGAGCUAGCGUCUCGACGUUAUGGAAACAAGCUCUAACUGGUCCCGACGGUUAGACAAAACUUAAACAAAACAACGGGGAGAUGAGCAUUAAUGAGCAUUUUGGCGCCUACAGGUCGGUCAGAAUAUUGUUUUUCUUCUACCAUUUUUU